AUGGAUUCCUACCACCUCGACAGCAAGCAGGUGAAGAAUGUCGACGUCUCGGACUCGCCAGGCUCCCCGCCCAACGGCGCCGACGACGUCUUCGAUGACGGCCUCAGCCACGUCGCCGAGAAGUUCAGAGGCACGUCGGCCGACAAGCGAGACAUGAUGGUCAUGGGCAAGAAGCAGGUGCUCCGUCGAAACUUCAGCUUCAUCACCAUGCUCGGCUUUGCCUCGACGUGCAUUGCUAGUUGGGAGGGUAUUCUCACGUACGAUGACAUCCUCUAUCCCUCUCCCCCGUUUGUGUCAUCUACUCUGACAGUACUCCGUCUCUUUUCCAGGUACCUGGGCUUCGUCUUGACUGACGGCGGCCUUCCCCUCCUGUUCUGGGGCUUUAUUGCUUGUGCCAUCGGACAGACGCUCGUCUAUGCCAGUGUGGCCGAGAUGGCUUCAAUGUCGCCCACGGCUGGAGGUCAAUAUCACUGGGUGUCGGAGUUUGCUCCCCAACGUCUGCGAAAAGUCCUCAGCUACUACUCUGGUUGGCUCACCGCUAUCGGAUGGCAGGUGUACAACGCCAGCGUGUGUUUCUUGGUCGGCACCAUGAUUCAGGGAUUGAUCGUCCUGAACGACCCGACGUACAUCUACAAGAGAUGGCACGGCACUCUCCUGUCCAUGUCCACCACCGUCUUCUGUAUCUCGUUCAAUACGGUGUUGGCCUCAAGGUUGCCCAUCAUCGAGGGCAUGGUUCUGAUCCUCCACGUCUUGGGCUUCUUCGCAGUCGUCAUCACCCUCUGGGUCAUGGCUCCCCGCGCCGAUGCCCACACGGCGUUGCUGGACUUCACCAACAGCGGCGGCUGGUCAAGCGACGGACUGUCUGCCAUGAUUGGUCUGUUGGCGCCCAUGGCCGUGCUGGUCGGAUAUGACUGCUCCGUUCACAUGUCCGAAGAAAUCAAAGACGCAUCCGUCACUCUUCCCCGUGCCAUCAUGGGCUCUGUCCUGGUCAACAUCACGCUGGUGUUCGUCGUGGUGACGACCCUCUGCUUCACGACGGGCGACCAGACCGUGGCCGCCUCGUCCGCCACCGGCUACCCGUUCAUCCAGGUCUUCUACGGCGCGACCAACUCGUUCGCCGGCACCAACGUGCUGACGGCCAUCAUCAUCGUCAUGAUGGCCGCGUGCGCCGUGUCGGAAGUGGCGGCAGCGUCGCGCCAGAUCUGGGCCUUCGCCCGCGACGGGGGCCUGCCCGCCUCGCCGUGGCUCGCACGCAUCUCGCCCGGCUGGAAUAUCCCGCUGCCGGCCGUCUCGGUGACGCUGCUAGUGUCAGCGCUGAUCUCGCUGAUCAACAUCGGCUCGACCGUGGCCCUCAACGCCAUCACGUCGCUGGGCGCUAUCGCCACGCUGGUCUCGUACUUCCUGACCAUCAGCUGCGUCCUCUACCGCCGCAUCACGGGGCCCGAAUUGCCCCCGAGACGGUGGUCCUUGGGCCGAUGGGGCCUGAUCAUCAACGUCGCGGCGCUGCUGUUUUUGAUCCCGUUGAUCUUCUUCCUGAGCUGGCCGUUGGUCACCCCCGUGACCGCCACCACCAUGAACUGGUCGAGCACCAUGCUAGGCGGUUCCCUGAUCAUCGCCACCGCCUACUACCUGGUGUGGGGCAAGACCUCGUACGUGCCGCCUGUGGUGCACGUCAAGCGCAACAUGUAA